GAAAGCAAUGCCGCAGCUCGCUCUCGGCUCUCAGCACCACUGCCCAUUGCACCCAUCUAUCCAUCUACCAUAACAUCGGAUUCAUUUCCUGAGACUUGAGCUCUCGAUCUGCUACCACCGGCGUGAGUGAAAUCCUCUUCGAUUUCGACCGAGCAAGGGGAUAAAUCAGAUCGGCAGCAUUUGUGCGGUGCGGAGUAUUAAUCAGCAGGCGAUGGGUUAGACAUAUAUAUAUAUAUAUACAUUACCCGCAAAAAAAAGACAUAUACCCGUCAUGGUUUUCUUCUGCUGCUGGCACUAGUAGUACUCACUACUUUUUUUUGGAGAAGCUCAAAAUGGAUCCUACUGACUAUCUAUUGUAUGUAGGCGGUUUUGAUGACGUCCCCAUAAGGCUGCUUGGUCGUCUACAGGAAUUAGAGUCAAAAUACAGAGCUAAAUCAUUCUUAUUUGGUGGCUGGAAUGGCCGAGGUAUUGGAGCCUCUGCUGUUCUUAGAGCCAUAGCCGAACUCUUAAAAUCUGGAAGAAGUGAUCCUGACACAAGAGAGCAUUUCGGAAGAAUUAUCCAUGUAGACUGCUCUCUGUGGAAAAAUAGAAGAGCUAUGCAGAGGGCUGUCGCUGAGGAGUUAAACCUUGGCCAUUUAAUGCCCGUGUUUGAUAAGCAGGAUGAGGAUGAUGAUUUUAGAGGGAUAGACACCACGUCUAGAGUCGAGAUACCAAGCAUCGCAAGUGAGAUCCAUGCAUCUCUAAGAAAUGAAAGAUUUCUGAUGAUUUUUCAUUAUGGGGGAGAAGAAGACAUUGAUCUGGCAGAGUUUGGAAUUCCUGAUCCUGAUUUUGGACCCUAUGCCUUAGGAAAACUAUUAUGGACCAGUUCUGGAAGAUUUCAAUUAUCGGAGAGAAAAGAGAAGUUAAAGUCCAGUUCUGCCAGUUUUAACAUAAUUCAUUUUCUUACCAUUGAAGAUAGCAAAGAACUGACGCAUCGUUCAUUGCACGAAGAAGCCGUUGAAGUGAUUGGCUACACCGGCAUGGAUGACAUCAACCCAGCUAUAGUUUUGGAUUGCUUCUUGUACUCGUUGUUCCUCGUAGAUCAACUACAUGGAGAGUCUAGCAAUGUUGACUAUGAUUGGGAUGCUCAUGCUUGCAACUACUGGAUAUGUGAUGGCAUCCUUCAAGGGGACAGAGCAUCCGAAGUUGGCAGCGCAUUGCAUGGAGUGAUACAAAUGGUGUGUAAUAAGUCCUAUUUAUUAUGGUUUCAGGAAUUUAAUGGAAAGAGAGAACGAUAUGAACGCUGGAUUUCAAUCUCCUCCAACCAACUAGAAGCACAAGAUAUCUCAACUCUUACUAGCAAUGUAUCAUCCUAUUUCCUGACAUUCGGGGGAGAUGGUCAUCUGCAAACACCAAAUGAUAUGUUUCGACUUGCCAGCAACCUCCGGGUGCUAAAACUAUGCAAGUGCAGCUUUGAUUUUGCAUCCCCUCCUUUCCGGUUCUGCCACAACCUAAGAUUCCUUUGGCUUGACCAUUGCACAAACACAGGGGAAGAGCAAGGUGCAGGGCCAUGUUUUCCAAACCUGUUAGUGCUCGACAUACGCUUCACAGAUUUUGUCUUUCUGGCAGAGAUGGUAGAGACAAUGAAAUAUCUCAAGGAGGUAAAUACCAAGGGUGUCUCAUGGAGAUCUUUAAGUUAUGCAUGGAAAAAGCUACAGGACCUUCACAAGCUUCGGGUAACUGAAUCCUUAGAUGUGAUCACAAUGGACACCUGCUCUUUUGUGGAUAUGAUGAAUCUAGAGCUCCUUGACUUGUCGGGUAACAUUCAUAUGGAAUCAUUGCCUGCAAUGUCCUCAGCGGGGAAUUUGAAGAUGCUUAUUGUUGAUGGUUGUUCCAGCUUGGAGCAUGUUGCACUCGAGGGAGCCCCUCCACUGCUCGAGAGUUUUAGCUUUGAUGGUUAUGGCCUGACAGAGAAGUGGAUACAUCCAAUACAUCUUCCAAAAAAGGAACAACGCCCCAAAUCUCGCACUGCUUUAGUUAAAGAAGCCAGGGUGAGAAGGAUCUCCCUAAAGGGUUGUGCUCGAUUGUGCAACAUGUUCUUGCAUGCAUUACCCAAUCUUGAGGAGUUGGACCUCUCUGGCACAGCCAUUAAAACACUUGACCUCGGUGCAAUGGAUGUCCCAUGGCUCAAGAGGCUAUUUCUACUGGGUUGUGAGCAACUCCGCAGUCUACUCUGGGAUGGAAGAAACCCAUCAUUGAAAGUUCUACAUGUAGAAACCCGGGGGAAGACUAGAUCAAUGGUAAACUGUGGAGAAAAGAGGUCAUAUGGCAUUGAGGCAAUUAUGGUUUUUACAGAUGGAAGAUUUGUUUGGUCUGUAAUAAAGGGACUCCAUCAUGCUAGUUAUGGUUCCAAGGUGCACCUCCAUAUCUCUUCUACAGCCCAUAGCCAAGGCAAUAUCACAAAAAGUAUCGAGGACAUUGGUCCUAGCCAAGAGGGUUUGGUUCUAACAGGGCCCUUAUCAUACAUCGAUAUUGUCCUUAACAAGGAUAUUGUCAUGUGCUCUUCCUUAGUGUGGGACCACCGACAACUUUAUCCAUUGGGUGUGCAUAUUGAGAUUGGUGAAGGAAGCCACCAUUUAGAGAGUAUGGGUGAGAACAUAGAUUUCAAACAUUUCACGGAGUUUAAAGUUAAAUCACUGCAUGUGCAUGACAACAACUCCAUCACAACUAUCUUUCCGGGGGCAUCAACAUUUUGGGAAUAUCUAGAAUGGUGCCAUGUUGAGAGGUGCUCCAAGCUGCAUUCUCUCUUCCCGAGCUGGACAAAACAUUCGAGCUUUGGUUCAAUAAGGAUAUUUUCUGCAUCUGAUCUCCUGAUGGCCUAUUGUGUAUGGGCUAGAUGCAAUGGAUACCACAGAUACAACUUUCAAAACCUACAACACAUAUACUUGCACAACUGCCCCAGGCUAGUGUUCAUCCUCCCCAUUUCUUUCACAUUGCGAGACUUGGAGACCAUUCAGAUUGCAUACUGUCGCAAUCUCCAGCACAUUUUCCCACUGAACGACAACAACUCAGACGCUCAAAAGAUAGCAUCUGGUGUAACAUUCGAGAAGCUGAAGCACAUCAAGCUAUACCAUCUCCACAAGCUAGAGCAGAUAUGCGAGGUCAAACUAACUGCACCGAUGUUGGAGACGAUCAGCCUGAGGGACUGUUGGGCCCUGAGGCGGCUACCAGCUGUGUCGCGCCAAGGCCCCAAGCCGGUGGUGGACUGCGAGAAGGACUGGUGGGACAGGCUCGAGUGGGAUGGCCCCGAGGCCAACCAUGAUCCAUCGCUCUUCGAGACACGCCACUCGGCUUACUACAAGAAGACACUCCCGAGGGUCUCCGUUCUAAGGUAGUCUGGAUCAUGCAAAAGGGAGGUCGAUGGCUUACAUGGAUCAUGCAUCAGUUCAUCGGUGUUACAAACAAUUUGUGUUCUCAUUCGCAGCUCGAUCUUUGAGGUGCUUGUUUCCCAUUGCUUAUGUGUGUUUUGCAAUUUAAGUGUGUUUGUUACAAGCUCCAUCUGUAGCGUAGCGAGGUGCUGCUACGUGCUUGCGCAUGGAGGAAUAAAUGAGUGGUGUGCUUUCUUUACGAAGCUACAUAUACCUGAUGUGGGUAUGCAUGGUUGGAUUGGAUUGGAUUGGAUUGAUGUGUGAAGCAAGCAACAUUGGAUUGCUUGCUUGGUUUGUCCAGCUCCAGCUUGGUGUGGCCUGCACUAUCAAGAUGGUUGGCUUGUAAUAAAAGGGCUGUUUGUGCCCAGCCGUGCAACCUAGUGUGGUGUGUGCUGCGUGUGAUUUAUAUGAACCAUAAACUGAGCUUGGUUUAUGUUUGGUUGAUGAAACAAGAAAUGUUUUUGUUAAUUAUAUGGUAAUUUGCCAUUGUGACAAAGAGUCUGAUUGAGUGGAUAUACAA